CUCCGCGCACAUUGCUGGUCGUCUGUUUCAGUCUACUGAUCCGCUCCCACCUUCCAAAGUUCUCCAGUUUAAGUGCUUCAAAGAUGCCCCAGAGUUUUGUGCCAGUGCCAGCGGGAAGCGAUUUCCCUCUGGAGAACCUGCCCUAUGCUGUAUUUUCCACCCAAAGUAAUAAAGCUCAUCGGUUGUGCGUGGCCAUAGGAAAACAUGUCCUCGACCUGAAAGCUGUCUCCCAAUUAUAUCCACCCACCGUGCAAGCGAGCUUGCAGGCGGAGACUUUGAACGCCCUCAUGGGCUUGGGCCACGAAGCUUGGGAUGUGGUGAGGACACAGACUCAGAAGCUUUUGCAGAAGGGUUCGGAACUGGAUCAAAAUGUGGACCUUAAGGAAGCGGCAAUCAUCGCUCAGUCAGAGAUUAGCCUGCAUCUGCCCGCCCAGAUUGGGGACUAUACGGACUUCUACUCGUCCAUCCAUCAUGCCACCAAUGUGGGCAUCAUGUUCCGUGGUCCGGAUAACGCCCUCAUGCCAAACUGGCGGCAUCUGCCAGUGGGCUACCAUGGUCGGGCCAGCUCUGUGGUCGUCUCUGGGACACCCAUCCGUCGUCCUCUGGGACAGACGCUGCCCGAGGGCGCCGAGAAGCCUGUGUUCGGGGCGUGCCGUCUGCUGGACUUUGAGCUGGAGAUGGCCUUCUUCAUUGGAGGUCCCGGCAACCGGUUGGGUGAACCCAUCCGCGUGGACGAGGCCUGGAAGAAUGUGUUUGGUUUCACCCUGAUGAACGAUUGGAGUGCCCGGGAUAUCCAGAAGUGGGAGUAUGUUCCACUGGGGCCAUUCACGGCGAAGAACCUUGGCACCACCAUAUCGCCUUGGGUGGUGCCAACGGCUGCCUUGAAGCCGUUCCUGCUGGACAACUUCCCCCAGGAGCCGGAGGUCCUUCCGUAUCUGCGCCAGAGCGUGCCCUUCAACUUUGACAUCAAUUUGGAGGUUUCCCUGAAACCUUCGGAUCAGAACGAGGCCCUCAUCUCGAAGUCCAACUUCAAGCAUCUGUACUGGACGCCACUGCAGCAGAUUGCCCACCACACGGUAACCGGCUGCAACCUGCGACCUGGCGAUCUGAUGGCCUCCGGCACAAUAAGUGGAGAGACGCCUGAUUCGUAUGGCUCCCUCUUGGAGCUGUGCUGGAAGGGCACUAAGAAUGUGGAGCUGCCGGGCGGCAAGAGCCGCAAGUUCCUGCAGGACUACGACGAGGUCAUUAUCCGGGGUCACUGUGAGAAGAACGGCCUGCGCAUCGGAUUCGGGGAGUGUGUGGGCCAAGUGCUGCCCGCCCACCCCCUGCCGCAGUAGGGUUAAAUGGAAUCUCGUUGAAUAAAAGCCAAAAUGCGAAAGAAAAA